AUGUCUUCAAUUCAAAUGUUUUCCAAAGUUUCUAGUCCCUCAGCAGCGAUCAAAAGUUCCUCUCCUCUCUUAACACCUGUCAAUCUUAAAUGUCUUCAAUCUUCAACAUCGAUAUUCCAAUCAAACUCUUUAUUGCACAUGGUAAAGAAUCAAGAAAGUAAAUCUUGUAAAUUCAAUCAAUUUAUGACAAGUUCAAAGUCAGAGAAUAAUUCUGUUAAACCCAGUGUAACAGAUUUCUCUUCUCAACCUUGUAAACCAUAUUUAUAUUUUAUUGUAAGUACCUUAAACUUUUCAUUCCCCGUCAUUCAAUUUAAUUAA